GUUGAUGGCCAUAACUCCCAUUACACAAAGGAGUUCCUAGAUUACACCAGGGAACAUAAUAUUCAUGUUUUGUGCUAUCCCGCACAUGCCACUCACAUUUAUCAAGGCCUUGAUGUUGUUGUUUUUAGUCCAUUGAAGAAUUAUUGGACGGAGGUACGCAACACAUUAAAGAGUUCUACAUGUCAAAAAAUAACUAAAAAAAACUUUAUCACAAUCUAUGAAAUAGCUCCUCUCAAAGCACUUACCCCUGAAACUAUUUGUUCUGCAUUUAGGGCAACUGGGGUCUGGACACUUGACCAAAACAUCAUCUCAAAGUCAGCUGCCACUUCCACAGCCGAGCCCUGUUUGUGUCAUCACAUCUCUUAUGUGUCAGUAUCAAAACAAGGCCAAAGAUAUUCAAUGUGA